UUGGUUGGGUAUUUGGAGCCACCGAUGCAGCGGCGUGAUCUGACUCCAUUGGGACAAUUAUGAAAAUGGAAAAGGUGGGACGUGACAGAAAGUAAUGGAGAGGGAUGCGUAUGUGUGAGUCCCCAACUGUUGUGUCUCUUCUUGCGGAAUUUAUGUGUGACUGUUAUGAAAAAUAACAUCAUUCCAACUGUUCCCUCUCCUUGCAAGUCACAGUCAUGAUUAAUUUAACAAGCAGGAAAAUCCCAAUGUUCUCAUCGUCUCUCCUCCUCCUUUGCUUUUGACAUUUGGCUAAUCAUGAGGGACGGUUCUCCUAUCAAACAAUGAAAUAAUGGAGAAAAAUAACCAUCAGAUUUAUCUAUUAUUAUUUGCAACACAGAGAAUCAACUCCAACAAUGAAAUGCUGUUUACACACUUAAUAAUUAUCCACAGACAUGAUUUAGAACACUAUAGAAUUUUUACGCAAUUAAGACCUAUUUAAACUUUGGUUCCACGGUGUCAUAAAAUGAUCAAAUCUCCAUUUUCUCUCAAUUAUUCGAAAGCUGCAGAACAUACCAUAACAUCUAAAUGGGCCUUGUGGUGCCAAUCUACAACUCUCCUGUUAAUGCACAUGGAAUUUGUAUGUUUGGACAAAUGCGUUCAUUCAUUCAUUGCCGCAUGUGCCCGCUGUGAUGAAUUUUAUGGUCCAUGUGUGUCUCCCUCACCCAACGGGACACACACACACACAUUAACACACACCGUCCAAUAGAGGGAAGUAGGGCCUGGCAGAGGGGACAACUCACCUUAAUUAAGAUUUAAAGCACGAAGGAUCAACUCUGCUGAGUGUUCUGAACCUGAGGCCCCCGUUUAGCCGUCGGAUGUUAAAUUGUCUUUAAAUAGCGAUGCAGUGUCAGUAUGUUACUCUCAAACACAAAUACACACGUGUAUACCUCACAUGUAUGACAUUUAGCCGAGGCUUUCCAUGCCACAUCUCCCUCCCUCUCCCUCCCUCCCUCUCCCUCUCUCUCCCUCCCUCUCCCUCUCUAUAAAGGAGCAAUCCUGCAGUCCAUCUGACCGCCUUUGCCCACCCUCAAGAUUUUGAUCUGUGACGUAUUUACUGACGGGGACGUGCGAGUUUUCUCACCGAUGCUUCAUCUGCUCGCGAGGGCGACUAUUUGGGGGAGACAAACUGCGCCUCGCUAGUCGGUCUCUCUCCCCGGUGUGACCCUCCCUCCUCACCGAGCGCCUCCUCGCUGCUCUCCUCGGACAGUCUGCGUGAACACAUCAAGUCGGUCAGAAGUUUUGGACACGUUUUUUUUUAACAUAAAAAAGUGAGAUUUUGCCAAAAAACAAGAUGCUGGGUGGUUUUAAGAGCACAGUGUUGCUCUUUGCAUGCCUGACUUGUCUUGUGGGGACUUCUGUUGUCAACGCAGACGGCCGAGUGUUCGUGCUGGACCUGAGGAACUCCUCCGGCCUGCAGGGUUUCAGAGAUGCCGAGGGGGCCUGUGCCUCUCGACACGCCCGCUUGGCAUCGGCACAGGAGCUCCAUCACGCUGUGGCGGAGUGCUUCUUCUCCUCGUGCGCCCGCGGGUGGCUCUAUGGGGGCACAGUGGGGACCACGGUGUGUGAUGUUGUGGGCAACGCGCGAAAAGCAGUGGAUGUGAGAACGGAAAACGCCACAAAAGACGCGGCACACCUGGACGCCUUCUGUAUCAAAGACAGAGGUGUGCCGUGCGGUGACCCUCCAUCCUUUCCCAACGUACGCCUGCAGGGGCACAGUGGGUAUGAGAUGGGGGACGAGCUGCUGUACACCUGCGUGCCGGGUUAUGCGAUGCCCAGCGGACACAGUGCCUUUAGCCUGCUGUGCGACAGCUGUGGAGAGUGGUACGGACGCGUGGAGAUAUGUGUCAAAGAUGAGACUGAAACUCCUGUGGACUACGAGGAAAAGUAUUCCUACGGAGAGACAGAGCGCCACAACGAGAAACCAGAGGAGGCUCGUGGUCAGGUGUUCAAGGAGAUGCACAGAGCCGCACACCAGGAGGAGGGACGGAGUCUGGAGCAGCAGGAAACGAGCUUCAGUGUCAAAGUAGAGCAGAAGCAUCAAGACCAACAUGGAAAGCGUGGUGUUGGGGCAGAAGUGAUUGGCCAACCAUCUGAAGGAGCUUUAGAAGAAGCAGAAGAAGACGAGUCCCGAGUUGUUGAGGACUUCGUAGCCCGUCCGCGGGGAGAGCAGGAGGUGGUUGAGACCAAUGGCGCUACAGUCUCUUCUCUCUCCCAGAAGCACCUCUUCUGGUUCCCCCCCGAGGCCUUCCAGGAGGAGGGACAUCCUGUCUCCGGCAAUCCAGUCACCGAGACCACACAGAGAGUCCCGGGCGGCCAAUCAGAAGAGAGUAAAGAGAGUGACAGCCAAGAAACGCACCACCACCAACGUCCAGCUGAUGACCACGACCACGACGACCUUGACGACGAGCGAGACGGCCGCGAUGACCCGGACACGGAUGACCGAGUUGACCACGACAACAGCGACCACGAAGAACCGGAUGGCCACAACGACAGCCGCCAUGAUGAUCUAGAUGACCAUGGCAGUCGCCGGCACAAAGACGACGACCAUGUGGGGCAUCAGAUUCCAGCUCGGCACGAUGACCUGGACGAACGUGACAGCCGCGAAGAUCAUUACGAUCACGAUGAUCACGCCGACCAUUAUGACAUGGGUGAACACGAAGAAGGCCGCGAUCGUGUGCGCAGCCAUGAGUACGGCGAUACUUACGAUGAACAUGAUAGCUACGAAGAACGUGACAACGUCACCCACAGUCGCGGUGGCGAUGGCCGAGAGCAUCCCGACGGCUCCGAGGAACACCUGGAGCCUGAUGCCCGUGAGGAGCAUUAUGACCCAGACGAGGAGGACAACGACCGUGACACUGACCACGAUGACCAUGAACACGAUGAUCACGACAGCUACGACGAUCACGAUAGCCACGAAGAUGAUAUUGACAGCCGUCAGCACGUCAUAUCUUCUAUAGCGGCGGAUGAACGUCAGAACGGCACUCAGAAGCGAGCGAGAGGAGAGGCCGCCACAGAUGACACCUGGCUGGACGGCCACCCGGUCGUUCAGGAGGGAAAAGAAAUGGGCGACUCCACAACGGAAGGGCUACGACUGGCUGAUGCAGAGCGGGGGACAAUCGUCAGGGCAACAGACAGACCCAAUGAGGUGGAAAUCCGUGGACCGGGCCAUUCCACCAGCCCACCACAGGUGGCUAAGUCCUCCACCACCACGACUCCCUCAAAUCAGGAAGGAGCAGACGAGCCGUGGCAUGGCUUCACCCUCGACGCUGCCCCCUCACAGCCCUGGGACUCCCCCUCGUCCUCCGACUCCCUGGACUACGAUACACAACAGGCAGCUCCCACCCACUUCUGGCAGGGCGACCUCACCGAGCACCCCUUCCUCGAUCCCGGCCCGGUUCCACCCAUGCGCGACGGCAACGGCGUGGUGACGGGAGAGGACAGGGUACACAACCUGCCCGGUGAGGCGGGCGAGAGGGGUGAGAUGGAGGGAGAGGCGGGGGAGGCGAUCUGUACAGGAGACAACUGCCCUCCCCAUCCACCGAGCUCCUCCAGCCGAGGUCCUACGGUGGCGGCAAUAAUAGUGGCGUUGUGUGCGGUCGCCACGGCGGUUGUCGUUGGGGUCUGGUGUUACCGACGGCAACAGCAGAAGAGCUCCAUGUACGAGAUGAAUGGGAAAGGCCAAAGUCAGAACCGACAGGGCCAACACAUAGAGAUGCAGCAAAAAGUGUAAGAGUGAGGAACGAGGACAGAGGGACAUUGACGUAGAGCAGAGACAUUUAGGAGGGAUGGGAAGAUUUGGAAGAAUUUGGGAGGAAGGCACAGCCACUCAACUUGUUAGAAACUACUGCAUAAUUUGAGGUGUGAAUGGAUGGGUUUGUUCAAGAGCACCUAUGUGAUGCAGAAACGUGUGUAAAACAGUAAGAGCUGAUGCUUAACACAGUGAAGACACUAGAUCCAUUUUAAGGAAUUUUGGUCAUCUGCAUUAUACCUAAAUGCCAAAAUGAAGCUCUGACCUCUGGAUGGACAUCUGGACUGGACUUUACUCCAGGAACUGAAAAGGGUGACAUUAAGGAAAACCACAAGAAGGCUGCCUGCCCACCUGAAUAUAUGAACUGAGACCUCAAAGCUCUUGGACUGUAUGUUGAUCAAGCUGCGUUGAUCUCAAUUCCCCAUCUUUUUGUCACUGAGUAUUGUUUUGCUUUGAACUGCAUUUGAACUGUUACUCCAACACUUUGCAGUAGGAGAUUUGGGGCAGUUGGUGGCAAAUUAAUGGCUAAGCUUCUGUUGAACCAACAAUAACAAAAAAAGGAUGAUGAGGAUGAUGAUGGUUGAGUGUCUGUUUGUGUGUGUGUCUCAGGUCCGCGCAAUCUCCCGGUCAACAAUAUGUCGUGUUUACUCACGGGAUUCAGAACCAGAGAUUAAACAGUAUGUGGCUGCGAUGGCAACAGAGAGAAAAUGAAAUAAGUUUCAUUGUUUGCCGCCAUCGGGCAAUGAAAUCCAUGAUAUCCUUUCAGGAUACUGUUAUUCAAGCGGCAUCGGGGUCUGGUUGAACGUGCGCACGCUCAUGCUCUCCUAGUGGGAGGAGCCGAGCAGAGAAGAGCAGAGGAGCAGGAGGAGGGCUGUAUUAUUGAGUUUGGCGUUGGUGCCGAACUGCAACUACUGCAUCUUUAAAGGAGUAAUACCAGUUUGACAGAUGUUGACGUUUUAGGGUCUUAAGUUCAAAUGUACUUGUGUUAAUAUUAAAAUGGAAUUGAAGCCAAUUUGUGUUAAAAUUAGAGCUCAUGCCCUAAAACAAAUAUCAUGAUGUGGUUAUAUUUAGCUAAAUAAUGACAAAUGUAACCCAACAUUUUUUCAGUACAUCAAUGGGCUAUUUUUAGCCAUUUGUGUUCUUUUCUCUUUGUCCUGAUAAAAUGUGGUGUGUGGAGUUUAAGAGGAUUGGCUGAACUGGAAUGGGGUGAAUCUGUUAACACUUACAAAUUUCGACAAUUUGCAAUUUUGCAUUUAGUUCUGGUUUGAAUUGUACAUUGGAUUAAUUGUCCAGUCCUUGUUCAAAAAAUGAUUUUACAGUGUACCGUAGCUCUGCAUGAUAUGGUGAUAUUUGUUUGUGCUGUGUUUGUAUUGUGCCAAAUACAUAAGGUAACAAUAGGUCAAAUAUUAAAAAAAGAAAGCCUCGUGCAAUUGUAAAUAAAUUCAAAUAGCCAUAAAAGGGCUUAAAAUUUAAAAUUAGAUAUUAGAGUGUUAUACUGGGUAUUUAGAAAGACUGCAAAAAGUACCGCAAUAACUUAAAUAGAAAGUGCUUCACUUGUAAUUAAUUAUCUAUGUUAAAAUUAUAAUUUUAUUUUUCCUCACAUCCAGUUUUUUCAGUUCUGAAAAUUGUAUUUCUGAUGGUGUUAUUUAGUGACAUAUUUAGUUAUGAAAUACGUGCUUGUUGAAUGUGGAUGGUUUAAGGGAAUAACAGUUAAUAUAGUUUUUCUAAAGAUAUCUCACCUAUCUUUUUGAUUUCCGUAUUGUCGUGUCUGAAGCUGAAUGGACACUAAAGUCAAGAUGUGGCGAGGCCAAAGGGAAUAAAGCACACGUGUGUUUCUAUAAAUAUGAAUCUUUAACUGUAAUACUUCACUGGCCAGGGUGACAUUCAAGCACAGCUGACAUUUAUUACCUCUUCAUGUCUCUCACAGCUCAACUCCAAUUUAGUCAACUGAAUGUGCUUGAAAACAAGUACAAGUACCGAAUGGUCCAUCACGGAGGAGUGUCUGAUCACACACCAGGUGAUCCGUAAACACCGAUCACAAUCAACGUAUAAGAAAGCAAAGCACUCCUUUGGACAUUGUUGGCCCUCAUUCACAUGUCGCUUCCUGUCUGUUUCUCCUUCAUCUCAAACAGCGUGAUGUGUGUGUGUGUGAUGUCAGGAAGAGAUGUGUACUGUAUUUGUGUCACAAUAAACUGCUUAACAUGUGGUAUCAA